AUGGAUAAUACUAAGAAAGAUAAAAAAGAAUUAACAAAAAAAAAACCCGACGAUGGCGAUUGUAGUACUGAAAAAGAUAAAGAAUUAACAAUGGAAAAUCCUGACGAUGGCGAUUGUGAUUGCGACGAUGAUGAUUGCGUCGGGUGCUUUUGGCCCUGUGAAACGUGCACUUCAAACAAAUGUGGACACCAAUGCCGUAUCAACCGUCCGUGGAAAAGGUAUGAAGUAUGGGAAAGACAAGGAAGAAGUAAUUAA